AUGGCUCUGAAAGCUAGCACCAUCCUUUUGUUUGCCUGUUUCCUUCUUGUCACUACUGUGGUUGCAUCUAGUGAAGAGGAAAUCAUCCGAGAGUGCGUUAGCACCAGAAAAGUCUCACCAGCUACAGCUCCAGAGAAAGCUCCAGCUUGGGAGAAGUCUCAUCAUCAUCAUGCCCCAGACAUAGCUCCAGCUCCAGAGGACUGUCAUCAUCACUACCACCGCCGCCGUCAUCAUGCACCAGUACCAGUAAAGUCCCACCAUCAUCAAGCCCCGGAGAAGUUUCAUCAUCAUCAUACCCUGGAAAAAGCUCAUCAACCUGCUAAGAAGGCCCCUGCCCCCUCCCCAAGCAAAGUUCCCCCAGUUCACUACCUUGUCCCAUCAAUGGCACCUCUACCCAUGGAGCAUGGAUGUGUCCCUCUAUGCGAGAAACGCUGCAAGACCCAUCCAGUGAAGAGGCCCUGCAUGAAAGUGUGCACAGCAUGCUGUGCUAAAUGCAAAUGUGUUCCACCAGGAACAACUGGUAACUUGAACAAGUGCAAGAACUGGGACUAUGUGAUGCUUCAUGGCUACGAGGUUCAAUGCCCUUGAGUUAGAAUGAAUUCAACUCCUCCAUUAUAGCAAUUAAAGUCACUCUUCUUUAUUGUGGGAAGAGAACUAAUGUUUCUAGGAAUCAUGCUAAAUGUUGUCAAUUUUGUCUGUUUGUUUCUGAGUAUUGUUCAGCCAUUGUUCCUGUCCCAUAAAUAAUUUAUGAUGGUCUAUGGGACCUAGUUAUUAAUGAGAUGUCUGAGUUGAUCCA